AUGGGGGAAAUAGGGAGCGGUGGGUCUCUGCAGUGUCCCCACAGGUACAGACAAAAGUCCAGCAUGGGGGAAAUAGAGAGCGGUGGGUCUCUGCAGUGUCCCCACAGGUACAGACAAAAGUCCAGCAUGGGGGAAAUAGAGAGCGGUGGGCCUCUGCAGUGUCCCCACAGGUACAGACAAAAGUCCAGCAUGGGGGAAAUAGGGAGCGGUGGGUCUCUGCAGUGUCCCCACAGGUACAGACAAAAGUCCAGCAUGGGGGAAAUAGAGAGCGGUGGGUCUCUGCAGUGUCCCCACAGGUACAGACAAAAGUCCAGCAUGGGGGAAAUAGAGAGCGGUGGGUCUCUGCAGUGUCCCCACAGGUACAGACAAAAGUCCAGCAUGGGGGAAAUAGAGAGCGGUGGGUCUCUGCAGUGUCCCCACAGGUACAGACAAAAGUCCAGCAUGGGGGAAAUAGGGAGCGGUGGGUCUCUGCAGUUACCCCACAGGUACAGACAAAAGUCCAGCAUGGGGGAAAUAGAGAGCGGUGGGUCUCUGCAGUGUCCCCACAGGUACAGACAAAAGUCCAGCAUGGGGGAAAUAGAGAGCGGUGGGUCUCUGCAGUGUCCCCACAGGUACAGACAAAAGUCCAGCAUGGGGGAAAUAGGGAGCGGUGGGUCUCUGCAGUGUCCCCACAGGUACAGACAAAAGUCCAGCAUGGGGGAAAUAGAGAGCGGUGGGUCUCUGCAGUGUCCCCACAGGUACAGACAAAAGUCCAGCAUGGGGGAAAUAGGGAGCGGUGGGUCUCUGCAGUGUCCCCACAGGUACAGACAAAAGUCCAGCGUGGGGGAAAUAGAGAGCGGUGGGUCUCUGCAGUGUCCCCACAGGUACAGACAAAAGUCCAGCGUGGGGGAAAUAGGGAGCGGUGGGUCUCUGCAGUGUCCCCACAGGUACAGACAAAAGUCCAGCAUGGGAGAAAUAGGGAGCGGUGGGUCUCUGCAGUUACCCCACAGGUACAGACAAAAGUCCAGCAUGGGGGAAAUAGGGAGCGGUGGGUCUCUGCAGUGUCCCCACAGGUACAGACAAAAGUCCAGCAUGGGGGAAAUAGGGAGCGGUGGGUCUCUGCAGUGUCCCCACAGGUACAGACAAAAGUCCAGCAUGGGGGAAAUAGAGAGCGGUGGGUCUCUGCAGUGUCCCCACAGGUACAGACAAAAGUCCAGCAUGGGGGAAAUAGAGAGCGGGGGGUCUCUGCAGUGUCCCCACAGGUACAGACAAAAGUCCAGCAUGGGGGAAAUAGAGAGCGGUGGGUCUCUGCAGUGUCCCCACAGGUACAGACAAAAGUCCAGCAUGGGGGAAAUAGAGAGCGGUGGGUCUCUGCAGUGUCCCCACAGGUACAGACAAAAGUCCAGCAUGGGGGAAAUAGGGAGCGGUGGGUCUCUGCAGUGUCCCCACAGGUACAGAAGAGAGUCCAGCGUGGGGGAAAUAGAGAGCGGUGGGUCUCUGCAGUGUCCCCACAGGUACAGACAAAAGUCCAGCAUGGGGGAAAUAGAGAGCGGUGGGUCUCUGCAGUGUCCCCACUGGUACAGACAAAAGUCCAGCAUGGGGGAAAUAGAGAGCGGUGGGUCUCUGCAGUGUCCCCACAGGUACAGACAAAAGUCCAGCAUGGGGGAAAUAGAGAGCGGUGGGUCUCUGCAGUGUCCCCACAGGUACAGACAAAAGUCCAGCGUGGGGGAAAUAGAGAGCGGUGGGUCUCUGCAGUGUCCCCACAGGUACAGACAAAAGUCCAGCAUGGGGGAAAUAGAGAGCGGUGGGUCUCUGCAGUGUCCCCACAGGUACAGACAAAAGUCCAGCAUGGGGGAAAUAGAGAGCGGUGGGUCUCUGCAGUGUCCCCACAGGUACAGACAAAAGUCCAGCAUGGGGGAAAUAGGGAGCGGUGGGUCUCUGCAGUGUCCCCACAGGUACAGACAAAAGUCCAGCAUGGGGGAAAUAGAGAGCGGUGGGUCUCUGCAGUGUCCCCACAGGUACAGACAAAAGUCCAGCAUGGGGGAAAUAGGGAGCGGUGGGUCUCUGCAGUGUCCCCACAGGUACAGACAAAAGUCCAGCAUGGGGGAAAUAGAGAGCGGGGGGUCUCUGCAGUGUCCCCACAGGUACAGACAAAAGUCCAGCAUGGGGGAAAUAGAGAGCGGGGGGUCUCUGCAGUGUCCCCACAGGUACAGACAAAAGUCCAGCAUGGGGGAAAUAGAGAGCGGUGGGUCUCUGCAGUGUCCCCACAGGUACAGACAAAAGUCCAGCAUGGGGGAAAUAGAGAGCGGUGGGUCUCUGCAGUGUCCCCACAGGUACAGACAAAAGUCCGGCAUGGGGGAAAUAGAGAGCGGUGGGUCUCUGCAGUGUCCCCACAGGUACAGACAAAAGUCCAGCAUGGGGGAAAUAGAGAGCGGACUUCAUACUCUAGCCUACCUGGGACUUCAUACUCUACCCUACCUGGGACUUCAUACUCUAGCCUACCUGGGACUUCAUACUCUAGCCUACCUGGGACUUCAUACUCUAGCCCACCUGGGACCUCAUACUCUAGCCUACCUGGGACUUCAUGCUCUAGCCUACCUGGGACUUCAUACUCUAGCCUACCUGGGACUUCAUACUCUAGGCUACCUGGGACCUCAUACUCUAGCCUACCUGGGACUUCAUACUCUAGCCUACCUGGGACCUCAUACUCUAGCCAAUCUGGGACCUCAUACUCUAGCCUACCUGGGACUUCAUACUCUAGCCUACCUGGGACUUCAUACUCUAGCCUACCUUGGACUUCAUACUCUAACCUACCUGGGACUUCAUACUCUAGCCCACGUGGGACCUCAUACUCUAGCCUACCUGGGACUUCAUACUCUAGCCUACCUGGGACUUCAUACUCUAGGCUACCUGGGACCUCAUACUCUACCCUACCUGGGACUUCAUACUCUAGCCUACCUGGGACUUCAUACUCUAGCCUACCUGGGACUUCAUACUCUAGCCCACCUGGGACCUCAUACUCUACCCUACCUGGGACUUCAUACUCUAGCCUACCUGGGACUUCAUACUCUAGCCUACCCGGGACCUCAUACUCUAGCCUACCUGGAACCUCAUACUCUAGUCUACCUGGGACGUCAUACUCUAGCCUACCUGGGACCUCAUACUCUAGCCUACCUGGGAUUUUAUACUCUCUAUGGGGAGUACCAGGAGCACCAGGGAGGGUCCGGCAGGCGAGAGGCCACCCGCCUUCUGACUGAGCGACAGAUCAAAAAACACGAUCAUGAGAAGAAGAAUCGCUCCGGUCACCAUGGACACCACCGCCACCAUGGCGAUCACCAUGGUCACCACAGCAGGCAUAGGAGCAGGCGUCAAUCAAACGUGGAGGCGGAGACUUCUGAUGAGCAGGCAGGUGAACAGGGGAAAUCCUCCAUCAAAAAGAGACGCUCGUUCUCCAAGUGCAGAGACUGCAUUGCGCGGGUGCAGAGGUUCUUGGUGAACAAGCUGGGAGAGGACUGGAUCUUCCUGGUUAUGCUGGGCAUCACCAUGGCGCUGGUCAGCUGGACGAUGGACUACGCAAGUGCCAAGAGCCUGGAAGCGUAUAAGUGGAUCCACGGGGAGCUGAAGGGCAACAUUCCCCUGCAGUUUCUGGCCUGGGUGUCCUACCCGCUCGUGCUCAUCAUGUUCUCCUCCCUCUUCUGCCACCUGGUGGCCCCGCAAGCCAUCGGAUCUGGUAUCCCGGAGUUGAAGACCAUCCUCCGUGGCGUGGUGUUGAAGGAGUAUCUGACGCUCAAGGCGUUUGUUGCCAAAGUCAUUGGCCUUACCGCCGGCCUGGGCAGCGGCAUGCCUGUAGGGAAGGAGGGCCCGUUUGUCCACAUAGCCAGCAUCUGUGCGGCUGUUCUCAGCAGGUUCAUGUCCUUCUUCUCGGGGGUGUAUCAGAAUCCAUAUUGUUAUACUGACAUCCUGACAGUAGGCUGUGCUGUAGGAGUGGGCUGCUGUUUUGGGACCCCUCUCGGAGGGGUGCUGUUCAGUAUCGAGGUCACGUCCACGUACUUUGCCGUGAGAAACUACUGGAGAGGUUACUUUGCUGCCACGUUCAGCGCCUUCAUCUUCAGAGUCCUGUCUGUCUUCAACAAAGACGCAGUCACCAUCACAGCUCUGUUCAGGACUAAGUUUCGUAUGGACUUUCCCUUUGACCUGCAGGAGCUGCCGGCCUUCGCCAUCAUCGGGAUAUCCUGCGGCUUCCUGGGCGCCUUCUUCGUCUAUCUCAACAGACAGGUGGUCCAGUUCAUGAGGCGGCCUAAUGCCAUGACCCGAUUCCUCACCAAACACCGACUGAUCUUUCCUGCCGUGGUAACCAUGGUGAUUGCCACCCUGACUUUCCCCCCAGGCUUCGGACAGUUCAUGGCUGGAGAGCUCAUGCCUAGAGAGUGCAUCAACUCCCUGUUUGACAACUUCACCUGGACGAAGAUCCAGGGCUCCCCUCUCCCGCCCGGCCUGGGUCGCUCCACUGCCUGGCUCCACCCUGACGUCAGUGUCUUCAUCAUCCUGCUGCUCUUCUUCCUCAUGAAGUUUUGGAUGUCUGCGGUAGCCACCACCAUGCCCAUUCCCUCCGGGGCCUUCAUGCCUGUCUUUAUUCUUGGCGCCUCAUUCGGCCGGUUGGUGGGGGAGAUCAUGGCGACGCUGUUCCCUCAUGGCAUCGUGUUCGACAGCAUCCUGUACCGCAUCAUCCCUGGAGGGUACGCAGUCAUUGGCGCUGCAGCACUGACGGGCGCAGUGACUCACACGGUUUCCACGGCGGUGAUCUGCUUCGAGCUGACGGGUCAGAUCUCCCACAUCCUGCCCAUGAUGGUGGCUGUGAUCCUGGCCAACAUGGUGGCCCAGGGCCUGCAGCCGUCGCUCUACGACUCCAUCAUCCAGGUCAAGAAGCUGCCCUACCUGCCUGAACUCGGCUUUGGACACAUCAGCCAGUAUAACAUCUUUGUGGAGGACAUCAUGGUGAGGAAGGUGAAGUUCAUCUCCACCCAAUCCACCUACAGAGAAGUCAUCCGCCUACUGGACUCCACAUCCCUCAAAAGCAUCCCGCUGGUGGACUCUAAGGAUUCUAUGAUCCUGUUGGGCAGCAUUGACAGGUUGGAGCUGCUGGCUCUCUGUGAUUGGUGGUUAUCGCCUGAGAGGCGGUUCCUGAUGCAGGGUCGCGGCCUCCCAGAGCAGAGCCAAUGUGCCAAACACAGCUGGGAGUCCUUCGCCUUUGUGGAUGAGGACGAGGAAGACGAGGGUGAGAAGGGAGGUCCAGUUCAGGAGGAGAGGAAUGGUCCCCUGCCGUCUCCCAAAAUGCAGGAGUGCUCCUUUUCAAACCACAUGACUACUGCUGCUGAUCAGGGUCCUCUGCAGUCUGUAAGGCGAACACUCCAGAAUCUCUUCCCCUCUAAGGACAGACAGGCAGAGGGAGAGUCACAGGAGCCCUCCUCCCCUCCCAUGGCAGAUACAAUGACACCUGAAGAGAUCAAAGCAUGGGAGGAGGCGGAGAUGGACAAGCCAAUGGAAAUCGAUCAGAUUCGAAUAGACCCCUCCCCUUUCCAGCUGGUUGAGAGGACGUCCUUACACAAGACCCACACCCUAUUCUCGUUACUGGGACUAAGUCAUGCCUACGUCACCAGCAUCGGCAAACUGGUGGGGGUGGUGGCCCUGAAAGAGCUCCAGAAAGCCAUCGAAGGCUCCACCCGCUCCGGUGUCCGUCUCCGCCCUCCUCUGGCCAGUUUCCGUGACAUCAGCAGCCGCAAGUCCAGCUCCAAGCCUCCUCCCCCGCCUCCACCAACCUCCUCCGCCCCCUCCUCACCCGGCUCGGCCUCGACGCCCCCUGCCGCUGCCCCCGAGCUGCCAGAGCCUCCCUCCACCUCCUCCCCACCAUGCCAACACCACCGUCACCACCACCCCAAUCAUCAUCACCAUCACCACCAUCAUUAUCAUCACAACCAACACAAAGAGGCGGAGGUGUGGAUCGAGGGGUUGUCACGGGAGGUGGGGGAGAAGAGCAGCACCACCUCCUCCUCCUCCUCCUCCUCCAUCAGCGGGAGCUGCAGUGCCAACAGCAGUCCCACACUCCCCUCCUCCUCUCCACCUCCACCCACUCCUCUUCAACCCGUCUCCCCCUCCCCUUCUUCCAUCCCUCUCUCCUCCCUGUGGCCCCUGCAGGGACCCCUGGAGGCGGAGGAGGGAAGCGACGAUGAGCCCAUGGUGUAG